UAAUUCUGAGAGUGAGAAUGUCACAUUUGAAAAUAAAUUAAGAAAAAUAAAAAAUUACAAAACAAAAAAUACGCUUGUAAGCAAAAUUUCCAAAUUACAACAUUAUGGUGAAAGUAGUCGAGGACAUCUUUGGUAUUGCCAUCAACCCGUUCACCGAGAGGGCGCAGGUAGUGCGACGCUACACGAUCAGCAAUUCUAGUCAUUUGUCCGUGGCGAUUAUCCAACUGGGCGCCAGCAUACAGAGCAUCAAAUGCCCGGAUGCAUAUCACAACGUGGAUGACGUGGUGCUUGGCUUCGACGAUAUCGCCGGCUAUGAGGCGAACCGGGAACUAAAAUUUGGCUGCAUGCUGGGACGCGUCGCUGAUCGGGUGGCCAAUGGCGAAUUCGUGAUGGAUCGACGUAAGGUGCGAGUCUCGCAAAAUUUCAAAAAUCAACAUCAGAUCGAUGGUGGUUUCAUUGGUUUCGAUCGCAUCAUCUGGGAUCUACACAUGUUGCGACCGGAUGGCAUUACGCUGAGGCACACGUCCGCCGAUGGACACGAGGGCUAUCCGGGCAAUCUAAUUGUGCUACUCCAUUUCACAAUGGACGACGACAAUCGCUUUCACAUUCGAAUCGAGGCGCGCACAGAUCAGCCAACGCCCGUAAACAUUAGCAAUCAUUGCUAUUUCAAUAUGGCUGGCCAGAAGUUGGGACGUAAGGGUUUGCUGGAGCAUCGACUGGUCAUUGCCGCCGAGCAUACGAUUGAGACGGGCAGUGAGUCGAUGCCGACGGGUCGAUUUUCGCCGGUUGACAACACCGUAUAUGAUAUGCGUGUGCCGGCCUUUAUUGGGGAUCGAUUGCGACAGUUUGAGAAUAAUCCGAUUACGGCCGGUUUCGAUGUCUGCUAUGCCAUUGAUAAGGAUUUUGAUGCGAACAUUUUGCAUUUUGUGGGACGAUUUCUGCAUCCGGAAUCGGGUCGCUUCCUGGAUAUACACAGCAAUCAGCCGGGCAUGCGCUUCACCACAGCCAACAAUUUUCCUAAUGAUUCGCACGACGAGGAGCCGAUAAUGGGCAAGGAGUGUGCACGAUAUUGUCAAUAUUCUGGCUUCAGUGUGCAAAUGGAAAAGUUUCCGGAUACCAUGAACAAUCUUGACUUUCCCACCGCCCUGAUAAUGCCAAGUGAGCUUUACUUUCACGAGACCAUCUACACGUUUGGCGUUCACGAGUCCUGGCAGUGUUGCGCAACGACCGAGGAGCUCGAGGAAAUCGGCGAACACAUCGUUAGAUACACAUAGGACCAAAGGCAACUUAACAUUUAAUUGCUGUUUUUAUUGACAAACAAAACAAGUACCUACCAUAUGUCUAUAUAUAUAUAUAUAUUUAUUCCGAUGUUGAUCAUUUGUUGCCUUAAUGUUAGGAUUUUGUAUCGGAUACCUUUUUAAAUGAGAACCUUU